CGUUGAUUGUACACAUCAGGAAGCGUCCUCAAGAUUUGUCAUGUUUGGCUCCUGCAAUCCGGAGUAUGAUAUGCUCAGUCCCUUGGCCGCUCAGCAUCGCAGGUCUCCAGACGGACCCAGACAUCUUUGCACCAGUUGAUAGUACUACUAAAUCGCCGACCGAGCGACAGUACACGAGGGACAACAAGCGUCGACGAGCGUCAGCUAGUACAACCAGGUCUGAUGUGCUUGUGGACUUCACCGUCAAGGGCGGACAGGCCGAGUCCGGGGAGGACCUUCCUGUCGAGUAUCGUAAGGAAAGAUCCCCCCACCUCCCCAUGCCCAACGGGAAAGUUUAUGAUGCAGAAUUCUGGUCACAAAUCAGCUCGGUCUUGCAGGAAGACAACGAGUGCGCCAGAGGCUUCCGCCUCAUUGUGCAAGCGAUUGGGCGGAAUGAUCAUGCUGCUCGGCGGCCUAGAGGGUAGCAGUUUGCAAUUCUAAACCACUAGACUUAAACGCCCCGGCCCAGGCUGAAGAUCUGGCCGCAGUGCCUUGCUGCAAGACCACAGAGCGUACUUCCGUGUGAAGGCAAGUCCAACACUAGAAACUCCGUUUGGGCCGCAAUAUGGGGAGGGGGGAUUCAUUUUCCUCUUGAUAUCAGGGAGCUGGUGACAAGCCUGCCCGCUGCCGAUCUCGAGGCUGCGAUUGCGGACGCAAUCGAGGCGAACUCAGCGACGCUGCCCGAAGGCGUGAGCGUGGCCGACGUGGUUAGCGCACCCGCGCCGCAGAGCGAGACCAGCACCCCCGUGUCGUAUCAAAUGUACUUAAAAAUGUCUGGGUCUGGAAGAGUCAUGUUGUUUUUGCAUGACACAGAAGGUCUGGCAUGGAAGCUCUAGCAUUACAGGUAUCGAGAAGCUUCCGCAAUGCCGAAUCCGCGUGACAAAUCCGCCACUUUGGUGACAGAAAGUGGGCAGCGCUUGCUACCCAUGCAUGAGAGAUUUUUCUGUGUUCUGAAAUGCGCAUCACAAGUUUGUAUUCUUCCAGACCCAGACACUUUUGCAUUUGAUACGUCGGGCAACGCACCAACUACCACGCGAACCACCGACACGAAUGACGACGAAGAUGAGGAAACUAUCGUCCUUGUCUUUGUUCUCGUGGGCGCCGUUUUGCUAGUGAUGUUCCUGUUUUCGAUGGCGGUGUGGCGCCAGAAAAAGCACGAGGAGGCAACGCGAAGAUACAUGCAAGCUUACAACCGCGACGGUUCGUGGGGAACACAAUCGGGGAAUAAAAUGUGGAAAGGUGGUAUCCAAGAAAAAAACAUUGUAGGUGUAACUUUUUUGGAGGAACAGCAUUACAAAUUUGUCUGGCAUGACAGCAAAAACCUGUCAUGCGCAGAUAGUACGUGAAAACGCCCUUUAAUGGGAGCUACGAUGCAUGCCAAGCAUGACAGACGCAAUCGUCUUGCAGGUUGCGCAUGACAAAUUUACACUAACAACGUUUUUUUCUUGGAUAGGUGGUAAGCAGUACGGGGGACAGCGUGCAGCUUGGGAUAUAUGCAUUGCAAGUGUGUCUGGGUCACCUGGAAGAGUUCCAACUUGUGAUGCUAAAUCUCGACCAGACGAAAAUAAAUCUGUAUUGCGUGAGGGUGCCAAAAGGCUGCUUAUUUUUCGCUUGCACAAUUUGCGAAUUUGUCAUGCGGGGUAGGCAUGAUCAGGAACAGGAAGCCUUGGCCUUCGCAACAAAACCCAUAUAGAUAAAUGCUUCACGUGCAUUCCAGAGCACUCAUUUGUUCCAGCAGAUGCAUGACAAACUUUACUUCCAGACCCAGAUAUGUUUGCAUUUGAUAAAAACAAGGCAAACGAGGCUACAACAAGAACGAGCGCUGGCACUAUGGCGCCGGCGGUUCUUCCCCGAGCUCCGGCGGGAAAUGGGGAGCAGCAUUAUCAAAUGCAAAAAUGUCUGGGCCUGGAAGAAUGCAACUUGUGAAGCUGCAUUUGGAUGUCUAAAAAAUUUGUGUUGCAUGAGCAGCAAAAGAUUUCUGAAUUUUGCUACGCGGAGAGGGCAGCUGUCAUGCGGAAUAGGCGUCAAGAACCCCUCAAAAAACCUGUGGCGCUAGGGCAUGCAUCACAGACAUCAUGGCUCAUGCAAACCGUGCAUCACAAGUCUCAGAGUCUUGUUCCAGACCCAGACAUUUUUGCAUUUGACAAACAUCAAAGGGAAAGAACAAGUGGGCAGGAGGCACCAGUCCGGCUACGCCUCCCCCCGUGCGCCCGAAGAGCCCUGCGCCGGGGCUUUUGGGACAAGGGAACAAGGGCAGUUCUUCGUGGUCCCCGCAUCCCCAGGGCAUGCCGGGGAAAGGUGGCCUCCUUGCCAGUUGGAUUUAUUAA